AUGUCAAUGUCAAUAUGUCUACGGCGUACGCAACGCACCAGGGCCAGCUCUGUUGCAACUCGUUGGUGUAACCCGUUCCGUUUGGAAGUCACCUCGGCGGUGGGCUUUUAUUUGAACUCUGUUAGGGAUGCGAACUGGUGUUAUAGUCAGGGUUCAGAAUUAGUCCGCGGGACGCAGCUCUCUACUUCCCGAACUUGUCAACUUUGUCAAGAGACCUUUCUGAUGAUAUGCCUUCCUUCCCCUUUCCGGCUUGCUGGAGGAACCGGACCUUCGGCUGAGAAUAAUACAACCUCCUUUCUUCUCCGUUCUCUUCCUCCUGCCUCCUGUCCCCCUUGUUCCAGUGGUAUGAGACGAAGAUGUUCGAGAACAAUGGAGAGAAGCCCAGCACUGCUCCCUUCGUUGUUCACGUCGCGCCCACACUCACCCCCGUGA